AUGGUUGUGAGUCUGGCUGCUUUUCUAGGGUUGGCGGAUGCACGCUGUCCGGUGGAUCUGCGUCCUCCUUGUGGAGAAGGACUGCGUCGAACUCAGACGAAUCUGGUUGGGAAACUUCUGACAGCCAGAGCUUUUAAUAAGAGAUCUUUUAUGGGGAUGUUUCGGCGAGCAUGGAGGUUGAAUGGCCGCUACACAGUCCAGGAGCACGAUGAUCGCUUUCUGUUUACUUUGUCGGACCCUACUGAUCGUAACCAGAUCCUCCGGGGUGGUAUAUGGGGGUUUGAUAGGGCUCCAGUGGUGUUGGCACCAUAUGAUGGAGUUGGAGCAAUUAAAGAUGUGCCGCUCACCAACCUCAAUUUCUGGAUCAAACUGCGGGGUCUACCGUCGACUUUUCACACUGAUCGCUGCCUUCACAGGAUUGGCAGCGCCAUGGGUCGAUUUGUUCAAAAGGAUACCACAAAAUUUGAUGCAUGA